AAAAAAUGCUUGGCUGGCAAAAAAUAGCCAGUGCAUGCCCCCCGAAGAAGACAAAUUACACACAGACUCUUAUACACACACUCAUACAUCCCCUUUUUUCUAGCUCAAGCAGAUGUCAUGGGUACAGCCUUGGGGGAAUAGCACUACAAACAAUACAUAUCUAAUAAGGGACAGAGAGACACUGAGACGGCACAGAGAGACGUUCACAGAGACCAGAGUGGACCAGGACGAAGGAGAAGGUCAUCAGGAACCCGGGAACCAGGAGAACUAAGUUCCCAUAUACCUCCACCUGCCCAUGUUCAGCUCAUCUCUAUGUCUGAAAAAACAGGUCCGUGUAACUGACUGAUUUUAUUCUGUAAAGGCAUCUGAAUCUGGCUGAGGUUCAACAUGGAGUCAUUCCUCACUACUUUUGCAAUUCUGCUACUAGCUGUCUCGGUGGACUCUCAGGAAAUAUCAUAUGAACAAUUGCUGUCCCAACUGCAUGCAUGCCCCAAAGAGUGCUACUGUCCUCCCAGCUUCCCCAACGCAGUCUACUGCAACAACAGGGGGCUGAAAAGAAUUCCCAAGAUCCCCCCUUUUACCUGGUAUCUGUACCUACAGCACAACCUCAUUGAUGUACUUUCGGCAGAUGCCUUCCAUAACACCACACAGCUGAGGUGGAUCAACCUUAAUCAGAACAAGCUCUCAAACGAAGGCGUGCAGGAGAAUGCCCUUAAAGCCAUGUCCAAUCUGCUGCACCUCUACAUGGAGGAAAACCUGCUGACCUCCAUUCCUUCCCCUCUUCCACCAAAUCUAGAGCAGCUACAUCUCUCCAGAAACCAGAUCUCAAAAAUCCCAGCAGGUGUCUUUUCUGGGAAGAAACAUCUCAUGUUACUGAACCUGCAGGGUAACAAACUACAGGAUGAUGCAGUUACUGAGGUCAACCUUAAAGGCCUCAGUGGUUUGGUUCAGAUCAACUUGGCAAAGAACCAGCUGAACAACAUGCCUAAAGGUCUUCCCCCCUCCACUAUGCAACUCUACUUGGAUGGCAACAAUAUUCAGAAGAUCCCUGCAGAAUAUUUCAAAGGACUCCCCAAGAUGGCCAUCAUAAGGCUUAAUCACAACAAACUAGUUAAUGAAGGAAUCCCAAAGAAUGUGUUCAACCUCUCCAGCAUCCUGGACCUACAGCUUUCUUACAACCAGCUUACAGAGGUACCACUAAUUUCUUCUGGCCUGGAGCAUCUACACCUGGACCACAAUAAAAUUAAGAGUGUGAACACCUCUGACAUCUGCCCUGUUUCUACUGGCACUUUUGAUGACUACCUUGAUGAAGGAGUCCCUCAACUCCGCUACCUCCGUCUCGAUGGGAACGAAAUCAAGCCCCCCAUUCCCAGAGAUCUGAUUAUCUGUUUCCGUCAUCUCAGUGCUGUAGUCAUAUAAAUGUAGGAAUAGAUGCAAACUUGCAGUGGAUCGACAAGAAAUGCACAGCAGGCAGAAGAGGUUUAGAGAUUAUUUUUGUUUCUGAAGUGACUUCAUUGUGACUUCACUGUGCCUUCUUCGAGUUACUCUAGAUCACAGCUGAGUAAACAUGGUACAAGGGGAAUAGCAUUGUCAGUAAAGUUGUUGGUCUGCAUCUGCAUCUGAGGGUAAUGAAAUGGAUAUUUAUUUCCUAGGGUCAACAAAUGUAAUUUGACUUAAGCUGAUUUCUAGCUAAUAUGUCUUUACCCCAACAUAAUGAGACUGAAUUACACAGUGAUUUUUUUUAAUUAUAUAGUAGAUUUAUAAUCAUGAUAUAGUUAAUGGACAGUCACUAAAUUGCUGUGACAAAAUGAGUAGUUUGAGAACUGACAUUUUAGUAGAUUAGUGCACGUCAGCAAUUUAACCUGUAGAGGAUAAUAGUCAAUGGUCAAUAUCUUUUUACUCAUUUGCAUUCUUUCUUUUUUUUUUUUUUUUUUUUUGGGAGGGGCUGAGGUUCUUGGGGGUGACAUAAUAUUUAACUGAAAUUUUAUAACCCAUUAAUUCUAUAGGAUAUUAAUGCAGAUACAAUUAUAUUAAUCACAUAAAUAAUGAUUCUUUGGGUUUGGAAAUGCUGUAGAGAAAACUGGUUGCAAA